AUGCUCGCGAAUUCACGUGCUGCCGCCUGCGUUCUCUCGUCUGGUUAUCUUAGUUGCCUUUUACCCGGUCAGUAUGCCGUCGAUUUCUUUCGUCUGCUCCCAUUUUUUUUUCUUUUCUUCCUCUGCAUACAUUUAACAAAAUACCUAUAUCCAGAAAAAAAAGAUUUGUUUAAAUCUAUUAUUUUCUUUUCUUCCUCUGUCUACAUCAUUUUACUUUCUUUAUCUCUUCUAUCUGCCGGAGCCUACUUAUUUGCAAAAUAUCUCGUGAAUUCUCGCCUCACUUUCUUUCAAUUUGCUUUUAGACUCGUAUCUCUGGCUCUCUGUCCUCAUUUUAACAUCCACGUCUCUUGGUCGGAGCGACUUAUUUACACAAAUUUGAACAACCCGAGCUCUCAUGAAUUAUUCAUUGAAUUAAAGACACCGUACAAUCACGCUCCGUGUCGAUUGAGAGACGAAGCAAAUUGGCAAAAUGGCGUCUGUAAUUUAAGCGUGCGAACGACAUUUUGGAAGGCUGGAACUUAUUACUUUCUCUAUAAAACCAAAAUAUCGCUUCUUUCCUCGUCUUCUUUAAUUCUUCUUCUUUUUCUUUUUCUUCUUCUUCUUCAUUCAUUCAUUCUCUCAUAUCACAGUGAACUUAUUACUUUCUCUAUAAAACCAAAAUCUCUCUUCUUUCCUUGUCUUCUUUCUUUCUUUCUUCUUCUUCUUCUUCUUCUUCUUCUUCUUUUUCAUUCAUUCAUUCUCUCAUGUCACAUACCUAUCCGGCUACCUGAUUCGUUUAUCUAUCUAUCUAUCUAUCUAUCUAUCUAUCUAUCUAUCUAUCUAUCUAUCUAUCUAUUUGAUUCAGUUGGUUGUCAUCUAUGUGGUGUAGUUGAUAUCUAUCUAUCUAUCUAUCUAUCUAUCUAUCUAUCUAUCUAUCUCAACCUGCUGGAUAUCUAUUUCAUUGAUACAUAUCUAUCUAUCUACCUAUCUACCUAUCUAUCUAUCUAUUUGAUUCAGUUGAUUGUCAUCUAUCUAUGUGGUGUAGUUGAUAUCUAUCUAUCUAUCUAUCUAUCUAUCUAUCUAUCUAUCUAUCUAUCUAUCUCAACCUGCUGA